AUGGUGGUAGAUACAACUUAUUACGACCUCCUUGGCGUUUCAACAGAUGCCAAGGCUAUCGAUAUUAAAAAGGCAUAUCGAAAGAAGUCAAUUCAAGAACAUCCUGACAAAAAUCCCAAUGACCCUGGUGCAACAGAACGGUUCCAAGCCAUAUCGCAGGCCUACCAAGUUCUCAGCAAGGAAGACAUACGUGCGAAGUACGAUAAAUUCGGAAAAGAGGAGGCUGUUCCUCAGGAAGGUUUUGAAGAUGCAGCUGAGCAGUUUUCGAUGAUUUUUGGCGGCGACGCUUUUGCUUCCUACAUCGGUGAGUUAACGCUCUUGAAGAAUCUACAGAAGACUGGCGAAUUAAGUGCCGAGGAUGAAAAAGAGGAGGCAGAAGAGAAAGCUGCAGCGGAAAAAAAGGAGUCGACUGCCUUCAGUGGUGCCACAGAAGGCUUGGAGAGACUUCAUUUGACAGAAGGGGCUCCAAGCGUGAAAUCGUCCAACCAGCACUCACAACAAGCCACCAGGGCCAAGGAGGAAAAACCAAAGAAGAAGACUAAAUUAGAGCUGUUCGAAGAGGAGCAAAAACGCGAAAAGGAGAAGAGCAUUAAAGAGUUAAGCAAACUCUUGAGUGAUCGUUUAUCGAUCCUGACAGAGAGUGAAUACAACGCAGCCUGCAAAGAGUCUUUUUCCAGAAAGUUUGAGGAAGAAGCAAAUAUGCUUAAAAUGGAGUCCUUUGGACUCGAUAUUCUGCACACGAUUGGUUACAUCUACUGCGAGAAGGGCCAAAUAUAUUUGAAAUCGCAACACGCGUGGGGAUUUGGAGGCGUUUUUCAUUCAAUCAAGGCUAAGAGUGGUGUGGUUGUUGAUACUCUCAAGACAGUUUCAGCGGCACUGGAUGCCCAAAAUACCAUGCAGGAGCUAGAAAAACUAAAGGCUCUUGCAGAAUCUGAUGAAGUGCUACGAGACGAAAAAGGUCAAGAACUUGCCAAACCGUCCGCGGAAGAACUUGCUCAGCUGGAACAACGCUUAAUGGGCAAGGUUUUGUCUGCCGCGUGGCACGGUUCUAAAUUCGAGAUAAUGUCUACACUCAGAUCAGUUUGCGAUAAUGUAUUGGAAGACGAUCAUACUGACAGAAAAACCUUGAUCAGAAGAGCUGAGUCGUUGGUACUCCUGGGAAAGGUGUUCAAGAGGGCUUUCAGAAGUAAGGUAGAACAAGAGGAAGCACAGGUUUUCGAAGAAUUAGUUGCCGAGGCCACAAAAAAAAAAUCGAAACACAAGUAA